AUGGAAAUUACAGCAGUUAGGUAUGUGUUAAGGGAUAGGAUAAAGAGCAUUUUUGAAAAAUACAGCAAAUCAAUAAUUUUAAAUGAGGAAUUAAUAAAAAAAAAUAACAUUGAAAGUAAUGAUUCAAUAAAAUGUAAUAAUUAUUCUAUAAAUUAUAAGCAAAUAUGUAAUGAUCAAGAAAAUAGUCAUUUUUAUUACAAUAAAAAUUCUAUUUUUUUUCCUAGUAAAAAUUAUUUGAUAAUUGAAAAUUACACAUCCGUUAUAUAUGAAAAUUGUGAAGAAAAAGUAAAUAUUAUUCUAGCAAAUAAAAAUUUACCAGAAGGAAGGAUAGAAAUUCAAAUAAAAGGAAAAGAAUCCUUUAUUAUACCUUGCAGAAUUUAUAAAAAUAUUUUAAGUUGCUUCUUACCACAGCUUGAAAAAGGAAUUUAUCAGUUAUUUUUUUUUAUUAAUAAGGAAAUGAUGCUUAUAAAAUUGUUACGUCCAGGGAUAGAACUAACUGAGGAUUCGAAAUUUUUGUCACUACAUGUUAUUGAAAUAACUGACUUUGGCCAUUGCUUAAAAAGUAAAAGUGUAAAAAGUAAAAAGUAUAAUAUUAGUGUAAAUAAUAAUAUAUAUACAAACAAAGAGCUUAUAAAAUUAUACAAUAGUAUUUACAAGAAUUAUAAAGAUGCUGUUAGUGAGAAUAAAAGAAAUUCAAGAAUUGCAGUAGGAAGUGACUAUAAACUUCAAAAUAUUAGUGAAUUAAAUUUUUAUAAUUUUCUUAAGUGCUACAAGGAUGAAUGUAUUGAUCAUUCAUUUAGAAAAAAUAAAAAUGAAAUUGAUGUAAACAAUUUAAAUUUUGUUUCCCAAUUAAAUUUAGAAAAAGGAAUCCAGCAAAACAGAAUACCAAUUCUGUAUAAGAAAUUAUUGUAUGAUAGUUGUAUAUAUGAAAAUAAAAUGGCAAUUAUACAUUUUCACUCAAAAUUUUUCGAAUAUGAUCCUUUUAAUGUUAUGUCAGCUCAUAUUUUUACAAAAGAUACAUUAAAAGAUGGAUACACUAUUUUUGCUUUUAACUUAAUACCUGUAUUUCAUAAAGAAAAAGAGAGGUCUUCUUAUACCAAGGUAGAUAUACAAAAAGACAUAGAAGAGAAUAAUUUAUUUAAUAUGUUGAACAAUACAGAAAAAAUAGAAGAAAAUAAAAAAGAAAAUACAAAUUAUAUUAGCACUUUAUUAAUGCUUAAAUCAAAUGAGACUAAUUGCGCAGAUGUAAGAAUGUGGAAGUACAUAGAUACUAUUAACUGUAAAAAAAAUAAUAUAUCAAAUAAUUUUUAUAUAAAUAAAGAUAGUUACGAAAAUGUUUAUUGCCCUGUACCUAAAGAAUUAAUCAAUAAUAAAAAUGUUUUUAAAAAGUAUUCCGAAGGACUCAAAAUUUCUGAAAAGGUCAGCAUUUUUUUUGAAAGUUGGAAUGAUGAUAUAUUGCCUGUACAUAAAUUUGUUAAUUUAUUUGAAUAUAAUUUUCCUUAUAAAAAAAUAAAAAAUUUAUCCAAUUAUAUCAAAAAUAAAAAAGAUGAUUUUUUAUUAUUUAGUGAUUUUGAUAUAAAAAAUAGCGAAAAUAAUAAAAAAUAUCAUUCGAUAAUAUUAAAAAAUCAGAAUAUUCCAACUCCAAAAAAAUCAACACCUAAUGAAAAUCAAAAUAAUAAUGAAUUAGAAAAAAAAAUCUCACUUGAAUAUCUACUUAAUAAUUUUGUUUCUUUUGUUCUAGUUAUUGAAGAAAAAAUAUAUCACAGUGUUAUUCCUAUAAAUAAACUUCUUUUAUUAUUUAUAAUUAACUAUUGGAUGCAUUUUAUUGGUAUACAAGAAAAAAAAAGAAUAUAUAUAUAA